AUGUUAGCAAAUAAUUAUAUAGAUAAAAACGUUACUAAUCACGGAUGUCGGAACCCCAGAUUCGGCAGUGGAAGUAGAAGUAGGGCUUCCUCGGUCGUCAACCAGCGAAAUCCCUACAACACCAGAAAUAUAACAAGAGUGGGUACAUGGAAUGUUAGAAGUAUGUUUGAAGCCGGAAAAAUUCACAAUACAAUAACCGAGAUGAUUUUACUUAACAUCUCUAUUCUUACUAUAAGUGAAAUGAGAUGGCCUAAGUCGGGUAAAUGCCAAAUAAACAAACACACAGUUUAUUAUAGCGGGGAAGAUGAUGAUAACAGACACAGAAACGGUGUCGGAAUAAUACUUAAUAAGGAUAUUAACAGAGCAGUAAGCGGAUUCAUACCGAUAUCCGAUAGAAUAUUAAUAGUACAACUGGAAGCAAUUCCAAAUAAGAUAAAUAUCAUAGCAGCUUACGCUCCAACUGCUGAGAGUGACGAAGAGUUAAUAGAAGAUUUCUACGAAGACCUUAUUAAAGCACUUAAAUAUACUAAAGAUAGAGACACUAAUCUAAUCAUGGGAGACUUAAAUGCCAAAAUUGGUGAAGGUAAAAUUCCAGGUGUAGUCGGAGAGUUUGGGUUAGGAGUAAGAAAUUACCGUGGAGAAAGACUGAUCCAGUUUUGUAUAGAAAAGAAACUGACAGUAAUGAAUACUUGUUUUAAACUCCCCAAAAGACGAUUAUACACUUGGAAAUCUCCUGCUGACACAAAAAUGCAUGUGGUACGGAAUCAAAUAGAUUACAUUUUAAUUAACAACAGAUAUAAAAAUGCAAUCCAAACGGUCAAAACAUAUCCAGGAGCAGAUGUCCCUUCAGAUCACAAUCUAUUAUUAGCAAAACUCAAGAUAAGACUCAAAAAGAUAAAACAACCUACUAGAAAAAUUAAACUUAACUUAGACACCUUGACAGAUGGGAAAAUACAAGAAGAACUAAUAACAGAUAUUGAAAAUAAAAUAGAAUGGUCACAAGUUAAAACAGUAAACGGAAAAUUGGAAGUCAAUAUUGAAAAAUCAUGGCAAUCAUUUAAAAAGUCCAUUACAGAAGUAGCCAAAAGUAAAUUAGGACAAAAUAUAAGAACCAAGAAAAAGCCAUGGAUUACUGACAAGAUUCUGAACUUAAUGAAUGAAAGAAGAAAACAUAAAAAUGUAAAUGAUCAACAGUAUAAACAAAUCCAUAGACAAAUAAAAAGAGAAAUACGGCUAGCAAAAGAAGAGUAUUUCGCAAAUAAAUGCAAAGAAAUCGAAAACUAUAUGAGAAUAGGCGAUAGUUUCAAUGUACAUAAAAAAAUUAAAGAAGCAGCCAGAGUAGUAUCAAAAACACCAGAAAACAUCUUAACAGAUGUGGAUGGGAAUUUCAUAACAACCUUGGAAGAUAAAUUCGAGAGGUGGCAACAAUACUUGGAAAAAGAACUUUUCCACGAUGUACGGCCAGAAAAUCACGGAAUAACGUUUAAUGAUAGCGGACCGUCAAUAAUGGUGGCUGAAGUGCAGAAAGCUAUAAGCAAUUAA